CUGUUUAGAUCCCUCCAAGCAAUAACCAACAAUUUCCUUUCGAAGAACUAUUCAACAUCCAAGAAAGCAAUUGUCUACGUGACCGGAACAACCAGCUGGGAUACCGAUCCAAUCCAGUUCAUGAAGCAAGUGGCACAGCAGUAUGGUGCCAAGCCCGUGGCCGUCCAGUGGACGUCUGGAGCGAGUCAAAGCUCACUGACGUCACUCACCGGUGGUUCCGCUUGUGUUAACACCUUCUCAAAUCGUGCCACUGCGGCCACUUGGCUCCAGACGAAAUUGUGCAAAUCGUUCUGCAUGUAG